GACAUAACAGCGCCACCUGACGGUGAAAAUCGUGGCCAUCUGCCAUUUUCCCAUUUUCCUCUUCCUGUGGUUAUUUAACAGUUGGGCCAAAAAAAUUGCACAAAAUUCACAAUGGCUCUAAGAUUAUUAAGGAAAUUAAACGUCCGGCCUGAACUCCGUGGUGUUGUUAACCUUAGUUCUGCUGCUGCACCGGCCCAGCUAUCAGAUUUCGACGUGCAGCACAAAACCCCAGUUGUAAGGAAGGUGCAUCUCGUUCCCAAGGCUCAUUAUGGAGGCCGUCACGCCGUUACCAUGCUCCCUGGUGGUGGAAUCGGCCCCGAGUGCAUGGGCUACGUCAGAGAUAUUUUCAAGUACAUUGGAGCUCCGGUAGACUUUGAAAUAGUGGACAUUGACCCCAACGCGGACAAUGACGAUGAUCUGAAGUAUGCCAUCACUACCAUUAAGAGGAAUGGUGUCUGUUUAAAGGGUAAUAUCGAGACAAAGAGUGAAGCUGCUUACGUGACGUCCCGUAAUGUUGCCCUCCGUAAUGAAUUGGACAUGUACGCCUAUGUACUGCACUGCAAAUCCUUCCCUGGUGUCGCUACCAGGCAUAAGGAUAUCGACAUCCAUAUUAUCAGACAAAACACAGAAGGCGAGUACGCUAUGUUGGAGCACGAAUCAGUGAAAGGCGUCAUCGAGUCCAUGAAGGUGGUGACCGCCAGCAACUCGGAGAGAGUCGCGAGGUUCGCAUUCGAGUUCGCCAAGAAAAAUGGCAGGAAGAAGGUGACAACGGUCCACAAAGCGAACAUCAUGAAGCUCUCAGACGGCUUGUUCCUGGAGACGUCCCGACGCGUCGCCAAGGACUACCCCGAGCUCGAGCACAACGACCUUAUCAUUGACAACUGCUGUAUGCAGCUGGUGUCUAGGCCGCAACAAUUCGACGUGAUGCUAAUGACAAACCUGUACGGGUCCAUCGUGUCCAACGUGGUCUGCGGCAUCCUGGGCGGCGCCGGCAUACAUUCGGGACGCAACUACGGCGACCACUACGCUGUGUUCGAGCCGGGGACUAGGAAUACUGGUACCGCAAUCGCAGGCAAAAACGUGGCCAACCCAAUAGCAAUGAUAAAUGCUUCCAUCGAUAUGCUCGAACACCUCGGUCACCACUUCCAUGCUGACCUGAUCAAAGCAGCCGUGGACAAGACCAUCAAUGAAGACCACAUCAUGACCCCGGACCUUGGAGGACAGGCUUCUUCGACCCAAGUGGUUGAAGCUAUUAUUGAUGCAAUAUAUUGUAUACGAAGUAAUGAAGAAAAUAAAGGAAAUUCAAGAACACCAGAUGUAAAGAGGAGGAAGUUUUUCUAGAAUUUACCAAAAAUGAUCAAGACUAUUUAGUCUUAAAUGUGAAAUUUUAAAACUACGUGGGCAAUUGCUUAUAAGAGUAGUUUCAAACUAGGGAUUGAGGCGCGAUUCUUGCCUCUUAGUCGGCCUACCGUAACAUUGCGCAAUAUUACAAUAAAAUAUUACGCAAUAAAAAUGUUGCUAGGUAAAAACCAUUGGGUAAACUUCAAUAUACAAUAAUAUGGUAUUGUCCAACUGAUCUCACUAUGGAGCCGGAAGAUAUGAACUGGAACUUCAUGAUGGAACAUCGUAUCAUAGCUGUGUUUGGACUUGUUAGAAAAGUCUUGUAAUGAUUUUUUUUGUGUUUUUAAGCUACAUAUUAUUUUAUUGUUAUAUUGCACAAUGAUUUUAUAGGUCUAGAUAGUACCCUAGUAGGUCUAGUAGUCUGUUAAUACUCUUACAAUAUAAUGUUAUAGUCUUGAGCCAUAUAGUGACAUUAAUUUAGGCAUCAAAAUUUUAGUGCAGAAAAGAGACGGAGCUAUACAUUACGUAUUCUUCUAUCUCUGAAGGCCCAGCUGUUAUUUUUUUUUA